UGUCAAGUAUGUCAAUGUAUCAAUGGUGUCAAAGUGGUGUCAAAUCCUAAGUGAACUAAAUUCUGUACAUUGUUGAAAUUUAUUAAAGAAAUGAUAAGAAAAUAGAAUUAUUACCCUAAAAUUUAUGCAAACUGCAUUAAGCCGUUGGCAUGGCAGAGAGUGGGCGCUGUGGGCGCGGCCGGUGAGGAGCGGCGCGGGGCCAUGGCGGAGCCCGAGCCUGCGCCCGCCGGCCUCGCCGACGCUGUGCUGCUGGCGCCCCUCACCGAGGACUCCUUCCUUCACAACCUUCACGUGCGCUACAAACGGGACAUCAUCUAUACGUACGUGGGCAACGCGCUGGUGUCGGUGAACCCGUGCCGCGCGCUGCCGCUGUACUCGGCGGAGCUGGUGCGCACGUACCUCGCGCGCCCGCCCUACCUGCUGCCGCCGCACCUUUACGCCAUCACCGCCACGGCGUACCGCUGGGUCCGAGAUAGAAAUGAAAACCAGUGCAUCGUCAUAACAGGUGAGAGCGGCGCGGGGAAGACGGAGGCGGCGCGCGUGUGCCUGCAGUGCGCCGUGGUGGCGGGCGGCGGCGGCGGCGGCGCGCUGGCGGCCGCGGGCACGCUGCUCGAGGCCUUUGGCAACGCCGCCACCGCCAGGAACCACAACGCGAGCAGAUUCGGCAAGCUGCUAGAUAUUGAGUUUGAUUUCAAGGGCGAGCCUGUUGGAGGUCAUAUCACUCAUUACCUCUUAGAAAAGGAGCGCGUGUGUUGCGUGGCGGAGGGCGAGAGAAACUUCCACGUUCUAUACCAACUGCUGGCCGGCGCCGACGCACACUUGCUCAAGCGGUUAAAGCUGCAGCGCUCAUGGGAGCAGUACCGGGUGCUGCGCGGCGGCGCCACGUGCGCGGAGGGCGGGUGCGCGGGCGCGGGUGCGGGGUGCGCGGGGUGCGCGGCGUGUGCGGUCAGCUCUGUGGCGGCGGGGGGGAGCGCUUCUCCGCGCCGCGCGCCGCCGCAGCCCCCGCCCGGCCCGCGUGCGCCGCAGGCCGAUAGAGAUCACUUUGCAUUCACUAAGGCGGCAAUGAGCGCGCUGGGGUUCAGCGCGGCGCAGUGCGGUGCGGUGCUGCGCGUGCUGGCCUUCCUGCUGAAGCUGGGCAACGUGCAGUUCGAGCCGCAGCACAACAUCGACGGCUCCAUCGGCACGAGGCUGCAGCACGAGUACGAGUUGCGCGAGGCGUGCGCGCUGGUCGGUGUGGAGGCGGAUGCGCUGGUGCUAGCGUUGGGCGCCGCGCCGCCACACGACGAAGUGCCACCUGACGAGUCGUGCUCGGUGGAGGAGGAAUGCAGUUCGGAGGCAGGGUCGGAGGGCGCUGGCUUCGGCGCGGGCGCGGAGUGGGCGCGCGCGCUGCGGGACCGGCUGCUGUGCGCGCUGUACUCGCGCCUGUUCACGUGGCUGGUCAACGCGGUCAACGACGCUCUCAAGCCUGCCGUGGUGGGUGCGCGGCGUUCGCUCGGUAUCCUGGACGUGUACGGGCUGGAGUCGCUGGCGCACAACGGGCUCGAGCGGCUGCUGAUCAACUACGCGGCGGAGCGCGUGCAGGCGGCGGUCACGGCGGCCACCAUGCGCCGCGAGCAGGAGGAGUACGCGCGCGAGGCGCUCGCCUGGGCGCCGCUGCCCUACGCCGACCACGAGCUGUAUGCCGACUUGCUCGACGCGGGGCCGGAGAGCGUGCUGGGCAUGCUGCGCGAGUGCUCGUCGCGCGGCGUCAGCGAUGCGCUGUUCUUGCAGCGGCUGCAGCGACGGCGGCACCCGCGGCUGCUGGUCCUGCCGCCCGACCGCUUUCAGGUAGUGCACUUCGGCGGGCCGGUGGUGUACAGCGCGCGCGGCAUCGUGGCCAAGAACCGCGACGCGGUGUGCCGCCGCUGCGCCGCCGUGCUGGGCGCCGCGCGCGAGCCGCUGCUGGCUGCGCUGUUCGCGCCCGGCGCGCAGGCUUUCGUUGGCAGCAGCAGCGGUUCCCCGCGCCGGCCGUGCGCGCUGGCGUGUCGCCAGAGGGCGCUGGUGGGUGCGCUGGUGCGGCGCCUGCCGUGCGCGCCGCGCCUCGUGCGUUGUCUGCGCGCGGACGCCGCACUGCGACCGCACAGGUUCGACUCGACGCUGUUGCGACAUCAAAUACGUACGCAGGGUAUAAUGGACAUGGCGUUAUUGCGUCGCGCGGGGUGGUGCGAGUCGAUGUGCGCGCGCGCCGUAGUCGCCCGCUACGGCGUGCUGCGCGCGCGCGCCGCUCCCCCGUCUCCCGCGCCGGCGUCGCCCGCGCUGGACGCGCGCGACGACCCGGUGCGCGCCGCGCGCGGCCUGCUACGCAGCCUGCCCAUACCCAGCGCGGAGUUCGCGUACGGUCGCACCAAGGUGUUCAUACGCAGCCCUAGGACGGUGUGGGAGUUAGAAGCGUUGCGUGCGGCGCGAGUGGAAAAGUUAGUGCGUGCGGCGCAGCGAGCGUGGAGGCGGCACCGCGCACGCACUCGCCGCGCCGCCGCCAACAAGAUCCUCGCCGCCUGGAGGAGAUAUAAGAAAAGACUUGCAGCAAGAGAAAAAAGAUCGGUCAAGAGAAUAUCACAUCGAAACCUCAACCUGGAGCCCGAAGCGUGCGGCAGUAAAGAAGCGACGGAGAAGAAUGUGCGAGCGCAGGCGGCGUGCGUGAUAUGGCGCACGUGGGCGACGUACGCGAAACGAUCGUACUUGUCUGGUUUGUGGGCGCGCUUGCCCGCCAGACACAGGUCGCCGGCGUGCGGGGCGUGGCCGCCGUGUCCGCGCCCACGACUGCUGGCGCGCACGGACGCGUUGCUGCGGCGGCUGCACCACAAGUGGCGGUGUGCGGUGUACCGGCGGGCGUUCGAUCAGACCGCGAGGAAUCGGAUGAGGGAGAAGGUCACCGCUAGUGUACUGUUCAAGGAUCGCAAGGUGACGUACUUGCGCAGCGUGGCGCACCCGUUCGUGGGCGACUACGUGCGGCUGCGCGCGUCGGCGGCGUGGCGGCGCGGGCUCGGCGCGGCGGCGGCCGACCGAUACGUCGUGUUCGCGGACGUCGUGGGCAAGGUUGCACGUUCGAGCGGGCGCGUGUCGCGCUGCCUGGCCGUGGUGUCGACGAGCGCGCUGCUGCUGCUGGAGGCGCGCUCGCUGCGGCUCAAGCGGCGCGUGCCCGCGCACACCGUCUACCGCCUGUCGCUGUCGCCCUACGCCGACGACUUGCUCGUCGUGCACGUGCGAGCGUGCGGCGGCGUGGAGAGCUCGACGGAGGAGCUGUCGCAGUGCUCGUCGCGCGAGCCGCUGGACGCGCCGGGCUGCCUGUUCGGCGGCGAGGGCGCGUGGCGGCGGCGCGGCGACGUGCUGCUGCGCACGUGCCACGUGCUGGAGCUGGCCACCAAGCUGUUCCUCGUCGUGCAGAACGCGGUGGGCGCGCCGCCGCACGUCAACAUCUCCACCGAGUUCGAAGCGAACUUCGGGCAGCAAAUGGUGACGGUGUCGUUCCACGCGGUGGGCGGCGGCGCGGCCGGCGAGGGCGGCGCGCGGCUGCUGCGGCGCGGCAGUCGCAUGGACGUGCUGCUCUAGCGACACACGCCGCUCUAGUCACACGGUUUGUUGACACUUGCCUACUGUGGAAACUGAUUCGCCUUUCAGACUGUCGAGCUGGCAUAUUUCUAAAUCUCUAAACAUGCCUUCAAGGUUGCAUUCUUGAAUGCCAGCUUGCGUGCAGGUUUCUCAAAUUUUGGAAAAGCAUGCCUUUAAGGAUGCAGGUUUCUCAAAGUUCCAAACAUACCUUCAAUUAUGUAGGUAUUAUCGGACGCUCGCGACUUCGUCCGCCCUUAAACCUCUUUAAUCCGGCCCUAUCGCAAAAUCCCUUCUUAGUGGAUACCUACUAACUAUAAACUAUGACGUGAUUAAUAACCUUUCGCAUUUAUAUAUUAAGACAUCAGAUUCCAUUCUUAAAUUUAAUCAUGCAGGUAUCUCACAGCAUCCAAAGCUUGUCUUCAAGCUUCAAAACUUGGCUGCAAAGACUCCAAACUUGGCAGCAAGCUUGCAGAUUUUUCAGUCUUCAUGCUUGCCUUCAAGCUUUGAGAUUUCUUAAAGCUUGUGGGUGAUUGAAGAAAACGAAAAACCUCAAAUAACCAAUAAGUCGAAAAAAUAUAAUUUGGUAAUUUUGUAAGGGAAUUUGUCAGUUUCAAUAAAAAAAACAUUGAAAAGAAGUCAAGGGCAUCUCUUUCCACAGUUGGCAAUUGUCAGAAAAUCGUUUACGCCUUAGUUAGAUAUGUAAUCACACAUCUGAACUAUUUGCAUUUAUAUAACGGUGCCUGUGAUGCGUCGGCGACGUUGUUGGUCGCGCGGCGCACGGGAGUACGUUGUGUUCACGACGUGUGCUCUGAGAGCCGGUCAACUGUUUGUUGUACUCAUUUGUACUGGUUUUUUUUUUCACCCGAGUAUGUUACACAUUCAUACAAAACUAUGUUGACCACUGAAAAAACUGCCAGAUCCAUUAUCAGUUAUGUAUGUUUUUAAUUUCAAGUGGCAUAUGUAGAAACAAUCUUUAGUGUAUACGUAAUUAAUUAUUUUAAAUUAUGCAAAACAAUUCAUGCAAUUUUGAUAUACAAACAGUGUACCUAAAAUGCACAUUAAUAAAUAAAUGUAAAUAUAUGUUAAAUUUUACUAUUGGAUAGUAGCAGGAAUGUUUAUGACAUAACAAAUUAAUUUUGUUAAUAAUGAUUAAAAUGUAACCUGCUACAAAAAUUAUGAAUAACGAAUUUAUACUUAUUUUUUGUGUGACAUGUCGUAUGCAGCGAGUCAAAUUGUCUGUUAUUAAAGAUGAAUCGCCAUAUGAUGCGUUUCCACUCUCGAUCUCACUCGUUUCAUACUUGCUGUGCGACUUUUCGUAAAAUGUGGAUUUGUAUGUAUACUCUGUACAAAUGGUUGACCGUCUCUCGGCCUACGUCUCUAGGAUAACCACGGUUUAGGAUCUUAUGAAGUAGAUAGCGCCGUAAGUGGUCCGUUGCGUUACGCGUAGUGUAGUGUAGAGCCGCGGUGGCGACAGGCGACUGAUUACCUCACCUCACCCUUUGCGGAGCGAUGUGUGCCAGUACAGGGCGCGUCACUAUUGGCGAUAGGAGAAAUAAUUAGAUGGAUUGUAAUAUUCACAGAGUUUAGGUUUGAUUAAAGGUAAAGGAGCCUCAAUAACUCGGUAACACAAAGCAGUAGAGUGGUCGGACUCAUCACUGAGAACCGGUGGAUCAAUCCUCGCCCGCUGGACUUUUGUCGUCGUGCAUCCCGUUCCCUUAAAUUAGACACAAUUAUUAAAUGAAAGCCUAUUGGGUAUCCAGAUUCCCACCAAAAAUUUAACCGAUAAACCCUUGGAAGCCAGAGAAUAACCUUGAGCAGAUUCCCUCUGAUCUGACCUGACUCUGUGUGCAGGUUUAGGGAUCCGUUAAUGACGUAUAUCAAACACUACCACCGGUUCGGAAGGCAGGGUUUGCUGGGAAGAGCCGGGUCAUCUAGUUCUAAAAUGAAUUCCUUUAAACUAUAGUGACGCGUGCUGUAUCUCCUCUUUACAUUAUAUUAUUUUAUCUUUUACAUUUGCCUAGUGUUCCUAUUAAUUUCCAAGUAAAAUUAUCGAAAUGUAUUUGGAAAUUGCUCUAGGUCUGUACAAAUAAUCGAAUAGGUGAUUGAAAAAAUAUUACAAUGUAAGGAGUGUUCAUACGUUUUAUGGAUGUGAAUUAAAAGCCUUAUAUUAUACCUCGUGAGUACGGUUUAAAUGUGUGGGUAUUUUGCAUCACGUAUUAAAAUCCCUCGUUUUGCUGUGACGUUUGAAUCGUAACUGAUACGGAAUUUUUGACCUCAAAACUUUAUGUCUGUACUGUAUUUAUGUACCAAUCAAUUGGUACUUCUCUUUAUUAAUUGAGAUGUUAUCAUUUUACUAAAAAAUCCACAUAAUAUAUAAUAAUCACAAAAUACUGCCUAUAAUAAAGUAAAUUCAAUUCAGUUACAUCGUGUGACCCGAAUUUCUUGGACUUGGAAAGACUUGGCCAAUCUUUUAUAUUAUCAAUAGACAAGAUAGAUAUUUUAGUCUUGCAACACUGCUGCAGAAUGAAAAUAGGCCAACUCUCUGAAAAUUUACAACACCCAAAAAGUAAUUCGCCAUACUUAAUCUUUUUUCCCAAAAUUUUUCUGUAAGACAAUUCGUAAGUUUUAUAAAUAUGUAUAUGAAAUAUUAUAGCAUGAAUUAAGAAAUUUAUGAAUUAAAAAUUGUCUAGUUACGAUUUCUAUGUCAGAGUGAAUCGGGGUCUAAAUCGAAACUCAAUGGUCAACAAAGCCACUUUAGAGUAUUUAAGUUAAUAAUUAUCAUAGUUAAACUCCCUUCUAAAUAAAUAUUUAUUGAGAACAAACAAGGACGUUACCUAUAUUAAUACGUAUCUAUUCUAUAGUAUUAUAUGUUUGACCUUUCAUAGUGAGUAAAAAAAUUUCCCAUUCGUGCCAAUAAAAAUAAAUUAGGGCAGGUAAAAGAAUCGCUUUAAAAUAAAUAAUAAUAAUUAACUAAUUAAAGUUUGUGAAAACAAUUGUGGUGUUUUCGGGCAUAUGAAAUUGUAGUGUUAGUCUAUGGUCUAAAUUUUUAUAUAGUUUUUUCGGGAAGAAUUGUGAAAUGUCAAUGACAAUGCGCUUUUUUAUGACAUACGGGAAACUCAAUAGGGUAGUUAACACUUUUUUAAAGUGGUCUUAAAUUGUUUCGUUCAUUAUCAUUCUAUCGUUCUACUAUAUUGAAAUAAAUUAUCAUAUUUUUUUGACAAUCCAAGCCAAAACGCUGGUAGAUAGUCUAUAUUUUAACUGUUUCAUGACGUCACGUUAACACUAAACCUUAACUAAACAGAGUGUUUAUUAUUAGUUAAUAAUAAUUAGUUUGUUGGUUAUUCCUUUAGUACAGCAAGUAAUAUUUUGACGUCACAAAAUGGACGACAGCGUUUUUGACAUUUGGAAAAAUUGAUUAAAUACGUAAUUUAUAAAUUCAGUUUUCUGUGAAAUUCCUUACUUUUAAUAAUCAAUAUCGAUACAUUUCGGACCCUUAUUCCAUGUACUACACGAAAAAACUAUGUUUUAUAUUAAAUUUCAUAUGAGUCAACUACCCUAUUGUAAACUACCACAACGCUACUAUGUACUAUAUAGUAUCAUAAACUUUUUUGACCCGGUGGCCAAAACUGGAACUAACGUUGCGGCGGUCGCCAUUUUACUAUACGUACUACGUAUUGUAAAAAAGUCCCGUAGACGCGGCGCUAAUAUCUUAUUGGCGCUCAUCAGAUGUAGUGUUGUCAUUUUUGUAAGGAGCUGUCAAUUUCAGUUCAGGUUUUAGCCGCGGGACUUCUUUCGUGGCGCGGCCACAAUGGGCCAGAUAAGUUUGUGGCACUGUAUGUCAUGUGAUUGUAUGUGUCUAUGAGUAGUAGGCGUUUCUUCAGUAGCCAAAAGUGUUUUAUCAAUAUAGACCAAUCAACAGAUGUAUAAAUAUAGUAAUUACCUCACUGUUACCAUAGGACUACUGAGACGAGUGCUUAAUGGUUGGGUUCCUCAUACGCACUUUACAUAUCUGGGAUGUCUUUUCAGUUUCCGUUUCUAUCUUCAUGAAAGAACAGGCUUAACUAGGCUGAUCAUUAUACGGAUAAAUUGUACAAAAUGAAAUAUGUAUCCUUCUCCAAUACCAUUCUGUAGAAAAGGUUUUUAUAACUCGCAAGUGCGGAUUUCUAAUUUACCUAUAUCGGUUUCAUUUUAUAGUAUCAUGUUGGACAGAGAAAGAGAUAUAGAGGUGGAUUUAAAAUCGUAAUUGCGAGUUAUAAAAAACAUCGGUACAGUAUUGGGGAAGGAAUAUUCUACUAGCAAGUCAUCUUUACAGAAGACUCAGGGCAGACAAUGCAUUUACGCAUCUAUCAGUGGAGUUCAUAGACGUUUCAGGGGCAUCCCCAAGGUACCAUUCACCUACUGAGUGUCGCUAUAUACUCAAACGCAUAGAGUUUAAAUUCGACAUUCAGCGGGUAAACGAUCCCCUGGGGGCGCCCCCACAACUUCUAUGAAUUCUACAGUAUGACGUGCAAGUACAGUGAAUAAACACCCUUUAGGCAAAUGCGUUCCAUUGUACGGUGCUUCUUCACUUACUAUCAAUGUGCAUUUAAUUCCACACAAACUGAUGUGUUAAGUUACUUAAGAGGUAAUUCCUAGCACUGUUAUGGGUAUAAUAAAAUAAUCAUAUUGAUUAUUUUAUUUAUUAAGGCCAUCAGCAUGAAGUUUUUAUUCUAAUAAAAUACUACUCGUGAGACGCAAGAAAGACAAAGAUGUAUGUAUGUAUGUAUCUGUAGAAAAUCUUCAAGAUAAAGCGAUUUUAAUGAAUUUAUAGUUUUAUCAAUAUGAUUGGCUGCCUGCUUCUUUGGAAAUAUGCCUUUUAUAGUGUACAGCAGACCUAAGAUGCGUACUAAGAGAUAUUAAUUAACUAAGAGAAAUUAAUUUGUCUCCAAAAGAUAUAAUAAAUCGCUUUCUCUUUCGAACCAUCGUAACCACAGACUAAUUACAUAAGGACUAGUAUCGCACCCAAAUACACGAACAAAAUUAUCGGUCAUUUUCUGAGGAAAACGCAAUUAUGUUAGAAGAAAGCAAGUGGCACGUUAAAACUGUGCUAAUUAGCAAACUUGAGCUCAAUCUCCGCACUGUCAACGCACCGUUAACAACGCUGCUUAAAUACUAUUUGCGUGCUACUUGUAAACAUCGAAUGUGGUUUAUGUAACCUAUCUACCUCUUUUUUAUUCUAACAUCUAACUCUUUAACCAACGAACACGAUUACAACUAUGAAACAUCGAUUCUAUUGAAACAGUUUUUAUAAUCGCAUUAGAUCGUUGAUCAUAUACUUUGACGGAAAAGUAACGUCUAGCGAGGUUGGUCUUAUCUUAUUAGUCUGAGAUCGUUACGAACUAGACAAAUAUACUCUUUCGUUGCGAUGGGACGAUAUGUAAACAAUAUUAUGUUGUUAUUUUUUGGUGCGUAUCUAGGCCUACAGGAAGUGUGACGGAUUAUGAGCAUUCGACAAAGUAGUGAAGUAUGCACAGUAGCAGUAGGAUAAUGGUAUGUGCCUUCCACAUUCUGCGGGCGCUCAUAAACCGUCGCACGAUCAGCGGGGUUAUUAUGUAUAUCGGUGUAUCGUUCAAAUAAUGAGUCACUACCUCGUUUUUCAUAAUUUUCUGUGAUCAUGUAUCGUAAUCAUUUCAAAAAAUCUUGACUAUUUUACAUCAAUUCAUGACGUGUCAUUUUACAAGUCAUCAUCAUCUCCUUACCCUUAUCCCACUUAAGUGGGGUCGGAAAAAUAUGUCAAUCUUUUCCAUUCGUCUCUAUUACUCGUCAACUCAUCAUCCACUCCUUUUACACACAUGUCCUCUUUCACACAAUCCAACCAUCUCUUCUUUGGCCUUCCUCUCCUCUUAUGUCCUUCCACUUGCACAUUCAACAUUUUUCUAGUAAUAUGACUUUCCUCCCUACGCAUUACAUGUCCAUACCAAGCUUACCUUCUACUCCUCAAUUUUUCUGUCACUGGCGCCACCUUCAGACUUCCUCUUAUAUACUCAUUUUACAAGUGACAGUGUUUUUAUUUGUUUCAACGCUCACCUAACAUUAUUGAACACCGAAAUUGUGUAAAUAACUAUUUUCCGUUGAAAUAAGAUUACUUCUUGCCACUAGACCAAUACCACUUUAAGUAUAAUGACGGUAAUUAUGUAUUUGUUGGAAACACAAUAUGUUAGCUGAUUGCGAAAACGAAAAUACAAUGAUCGACGUAGUGACUCAUUAUUUGAAUGAUGUACCGAGAUACAUGAUAACCCUGCCGAACCUGUAACUGAAAUAUUGUAUUAUUCUAUUGUAAAUGCAAUUUUAUACCUUCCCGAAACGUUUACUUGGUUUGGCACAGACUCUCUCUAAACUUCAGUGAAUUUCACCAAUAACUAUUGUAUUGUAAUUGUAGAUAGUGUUAUACUCGAAUUAUCUAUUAACUAGAUAUUCUUUUAUUGCCCUACUAUGGUAAUUCAAUAUGAAAAACUGUUCUAUUUACGUUAGGCCGUCAUGUGCAAUAUAUUUUCAAGUAUAUGUAGGUUCCUUAGCCAACAUACCAGAAUAUACAAAUACUGCCAAAAAUGUAUACGUUCGUAUAUCAUCUAUAUAUUAAAAUACCAGGGCCGUUAUCAUAUUAUGAGGUUUGCCUUUAUUUUAGACCUUGGUAUUUUGACGUUCUUACGUAAAUUGAACAAUUAUGAUGAUUCGAUUAUGCACAAGUUUUUGAGCUCUAACAGUUAGCAUUGCUAUCCUUUUCACAAUGUUCACAAAUGAAAAGGAUAGCAUUAUUUUCAAAGUUCAGAAGUUUGUGUGUAACUGAUUCUGUAUAUGUGGUAUCAAAGUGUAAAGUAAGCUCACGACCGCAUCCGCCUUGUGAAAUAAAAUAAAUACACGUUACACGUUCAGAUUGUUACAAUGGCUAAAACGAUAGAGUAAUUAAAAAGAGAAUUAUGUAUAUCAUCUCACUCAGUUACAAUAUAUAACAUGCGUUGCGAUAAUGUACUAAAGAUUAGUUUUAUAGAAUGGGCAAGUUUUAAAGACGAAUUCUUCACUCUGCCGGCCAUAUUUAUAAACAUGGAAUGAGAUUUAAACUUCAAAAGGGCCUAAUUACUAGUAUUUAAAGUUCACUUUACUUUGAAGACUUUUAAGGUUUAAAUCAUAGUCUAUGUUUAUAUACAUGGCCGCGGCUGUUACUAUUACUGGCACGUAACAAGUCCUUGGGUCCAGGAAGUAAAUAUUUAUUCAUGACCAUACUGCUUGAACUUAGAAGUGAUGCAGCAUUUUCCUUCCAAUCGCAUCCGAUAGCUUAUAUUCCCACUGAAUAUUCUCUGACUUUAUAUUCAAUAUUAUAUUUCUUUAUGUAUCAAUAUUCGGGUCUUAGGUUGAUUGUUGGUUCUCUUGAUUUGUUACGUUCGGAAUUUUGCCAUGUACAUUAUACAGGCAGAAAAGUACAUUAAUAAAUAUUUUGUUCCUGGACCUGAGGAACAACGUGGACCGUAGUUAAUCUAUGCAGUUAUUAAAUAGUUCAAAUUAUUAUAUCCGUGUGAAUAUAGCAGCAUGUUUGUAUUGAAACUCAGUAAUAUAAAUAGUAAGAAUUAAGUCCACCAUUGUUGAACUUGAGUUUGAGUAUGCUAUCGACUGAUGUCAGCCUGGAGUGUUUGUUUUUGCGUUCAAAAUUCAGACUUCACUUUCUUUGGCAUCUUGAUUACUAUUCACAAUGAAAUAUACGUCAUAAUUACUUUCACAGCAUUAUUUCAUAUUGUUUAUAAUGGGGUAAUGCUGCUGACAUUUUACCAUGAGGUCUGAAAUCGAUUUUGAGUUUUAGGAAUACUUUGAAAAUCAAUCGUUGUUUAGACAAAAACACAUCAUGCACAUCGUCUAUCAAUAUAAAAUAGCUUUUUCUGCCAUUGAUUAAUGAAUUCCUGUGUCGAGUUUGUACCAAAAAUGUACACUCCAGGUAUUUUUUGGUCAGCCAUUUGUUUUUUCUAGAAGUACGUUCUAUUAUCUAUUAAGCUGUUCAAGGUUCUAACGUUUGUCGUUGCAAAUGUCCGAAAGUAGCCUUGUUAUGUUGUGUAAGCCCACUGUUACGGAUGUUCGUUUAGAUCUCUGCGUUAGUGUUUCCACUUUGGUUGACAGGUUCAACACAUCUAAAAUUUCUAGAAACUUCUGCAUACUAAAGCGAAAAAGUCUUGAAAUAUUUGAACUUGAGGGAACUUCGGCUUUCACAAAAGUUGUCUCUCUCAUUCGUUUAUGAUUCCCUGGUUUAGUUGAUUAAAAAUUGUACAAGCAUUUGAUUUUCUAACCCUUUCAAGUACGCAGAGAUUUGCGUGUUUCUCGAUGUAUUGCGAGUGACUUAGGGUUGUUUUUAUGAUAUCCCAUCACCUGAUUGAGCAAAAUGCAAAUAUUUAAAAAUUUGCUCUAUCAGUUAGAAUUACCGACGUGUCGACCAAUCUGGAAGCAACUAAUCAUUUCGUGUGCCAAUUAUCGUGCCAACACGCCAGAAUGGUGUUCCGAAGGCCUAAUUUAAGAUUUGCCAAUUAAAAUGUACCAAAGCGUUAUUAGUUAUACAGAAACAUAUUAAGUCGUCGAUAUCAGUAUGUUUUGUGUGUUUGUUUGUCACUUCUGUUUAUGUAAGCGGGUUGUUGUAGCGUGCGAGCGAGCGAGUGCGCCUGCGCGUCUGUACUAAUCACACAAACUACUGUACAAUAUAAUUUUACUGGGCUAUUUCUCUGAACCGUAGAUCUUUCUUUACCGAUUGAAUAUACUCAGUAACUUGUGCGUUGAAUGGAUAAGUUGGUGGUAGUCAUUUGCGGAAUCUUAGUCUAUUUUUUUAAAUAGAUAUUUCUAAAUAUAUUCAUUUCAAAAGUUAGCAUUCUUGCUUGUACUAGACAAGAUUGAAUGAAAUGAGAUUUUCAUUGAUUUGUUAAUCUUCAGUUCUCUUGAUUGGUUUAACUAGUAUUUAAAUUGUACUUAUGUUUUUUUAUUACACUAUAUGAAUCAUAUAAACUUAGGUAUUUUGAUUUGUAGUUCAAAUAGUUUUUAUAAAUAAGACUGUAUAUAUGUUUCAAGUUUUAUAUCUGUAGAAAUUUAACAAACGAAAUUGCCGGUUAUAAUUUAUUAGUGAUUAGAUAUAAAUUAGCGUGUGUUUCUGUAGUUGUAAGUUGUAUACUUGUAGCAAAUUGUAUUUGUAAGCACUAGGGAUGCGUUUUCGACGAUCACUUCUUGAGGUUUUAUUUGCUAUUGGAGUCAUCCAGGUCGAAGGACCAAAAGUAAAGGAAGUUACUUGUCCAGUAUUUGUAUGUACUGAUAGCUGACAGAGCAGAUUUUAACUAAAAACUGUAUUUGUUCAGUAAAGUUAAUUGCUUUUUAUAAAGCGUAAGGGUAUGUAUUCGAGGAAUUAGUUUUUUGGAGAAGUGUGUAGAAGUAGCUGAUUUUGUUGUUUACUAAAAUUAUUGUUCUUCAUUAAUGUGCAAGUCAAUUGCUUUUUAUUAAAGCAUAAAGGGCUGUAUUCGAGGAAUCAGUUUUUUGGAGAAGUGAGUAGAAGUAGUAGAGGCAACAUUUUAGAUAUAACUAGUUGAGUUUGGCAAAAGUCGCAGUAAAAGUUCAGAUCUACGGUUCAGAAGUGAGUUUGUGUUAUGUGUAUUAUUAAUAUCAGUUUUGCUCAAAACCUAAUAGCGUAAUAUUGGUUUUGUCGCGUGUAUAGGAUGUUUCGAGUUCGUUUUAAAUAGUGUUUUCUAUCGCUCAAAUGGCAAAAAAAUAAAUGUUUUCGGGCUGAAUGUCAGUAUUAAUUUAAAACAUUUAUGAAAUAACGGAUAAAUCUUAUUGUUAGUUUCAUAAAACUUCGCAAAAUAUAAAAUCACAUACAAUUAAAUUUUUUUUGACGAUGUAGAAAAUAUAUCUCUAUCAAAGCAAGCAAGGAUGUCUGAUGAUUAUGAUAGAGAUUUUUGUUUUAAUUUUUAACUUCCAACACAAAACGAAGAUAGCUAAAUAAUCUUUGAGGCGAUAUACCAGAACCCGUAUAUGGUAGCUAGGUAAAAUAUUUUUUUUAGUUUAAAGCAAGGCUAGAAAUCUCUUACAGAUUUGUAAAUUAAAAUGAACAAAUAGGUUUUUUUAAUAAAGUGUUAUCCGUUGUUUCUAAAUGUCGCUGUAUAAACGCAGUCGAUAGUGCACGGCGCGCUCGCGAGUUAUUUAUAGUCUAUUUGCUGUUACGUUCGUCCGAGCUAGCCGCCGUCCAGACAAUCUACAAUCUAAAUAAGGUAUCAAAUAAAUUAAAAGGUAUCAAAAAUUAAACUAGCUGUAGCUUAUCUAUCCGGAGUUAGCUUGCCUGUCCACCAGAGUGGAGAGAGGGAGCGUAGCGGAGAAACGGACUAAUGCGGAGCGGAGUUGCGUACUGUGUUUGUCCACCGGAGCGGAGCGAGGCUGCGGAGCGAAGUGACUUCCCGAAGAAACUUCCCCGCACGUGAGUCCCCGCUCCGUUUCCCCGCUCCGCUUACUGGUUUUAUAUGAAUUUUUAAUCUAGCUCGCAAGUCCCUGUCCACUUAAGAGGAGCAGAGAUUUUGUGCAAUCCUAUUGGUUACUAUUUCUUCGUUUGCCUCGCUCCGCUUUGAUGGACUGGCAGCCUUACAUUAACAACUAGUUAAAGUUUUGAUGACGUCACAAAUCGGCCGGCGGCGGCGUACGGCGAACACCCGUUUUUCGUUAAUUAAGACGAACUAUGUAAAAGGCAUGUUACGUUUUCAACGAUUACUUAUUAUGGAAAAUGUUUUAUCGUUUUUAAUAAAAAAUUAAGAAAGUUUUUACA